GGAUUUCCUGUCACACAAGUGCCUGGCAUUCUUCAAAUUUCUUUUUCGUUAUAAGUCAAAUCAAACCAUCAAAAUGUCAAGCAGAAAAACUAAAGGAAAGACAGCCAAAAAGAGGGCACAGCGUGCUACCUCCAAUGUGUUUGCUAUGUUUGAUCAAGCUCAGAUCCAGGAAUUCAAGGAGGCUUUUAACAUGAUCGACCAAAACAGAGAUGGAUUCAUCGACAAAGAAGACUUGCAUGAUAUGUUGGCUUCUUUAGGUAAAAAUCCUACUGAUGAAUCUCUGGAUGAGAUGAUGAACUGUGCACCAGGACCAAUCAACUUUACCAUGUUUCUGACCAUGUUUGGUGAAAAAUUGAAUGGCACUGAUCCUGAGGAUGUUAUAAAGAAUGCAUUUGCAUGUUUUGAUGAAGAUGCCACAGGAUACAUCAAUGAGGAGAGACUGAGAGAACUUUUAACAACAAUGGGAGAUCGUUUCACUGAUGAUGAAGUUGAUGAGAUGCUGAGAGAAGCACCAAUAAAGCACUGCAUGUUCAACUAUGUAGAAUUCACAAGGAUAUUGAAACACGGAAAGAAGGACGAAUGAAAACCCACAUUCUCAUCACUUUGGACAUUUCUUCACACUUGCUCUGCAUGAAUAACAUGUAGGCAUUGCUGAGACAUUCCAUGUAUGAACAGUUAGCCUUUAUAUAUUGCAUUGUAAUCUCAUGUUUGCUGUCUUUCAAAAAUGUUAAAAUGUACAAUGGAACAAACCUAUGCAUGGCAUUUAUAUAUUUAUGAAGUGAAAAGGACUAGUCUCAUUUUGUCAGUGUCAGUUACAAGCAAAUAUCAGUUAUAUCAAGUUUACUCAAAUGAAUUACCUGUUAGGUAAAAAAAAUUCAUAGAUAAUUUUUAAUUUCGAUAUUGUUUCUGAAAGAAUUAACUUUUUUUUUUCUUUUUGGUCUGACUAUAUAUGAUAUAAAUCUGUUUAAAAACUUUGCUUUCAAUUUUAAUAAUUGUAAAAUAUGUAUUUAGAAUUAACUUUGUACAUGUUAUUUAACUGGUUUAAAGUUGAUACAAAUUAAUGUUUAGGUAGAAAGCAUUGUUUGUUAUGUUGGCUGUUUGAACAGGUGUAGUAAAGUAAUUUUUUUCUCUUUUCAAAAGUCUCAUUAAUUUGGAGUUGUAUGUUAGAAUUUGAUACUUAAUAUUCUCAUUAGCCUUUUUAAAAAAAGUUAACUAUUUCAAAGGUUUUCUUGAAAUGUGGUAUCUAUGUCAUAUCAGAAGUAAAAUUUACUCUCAAGGGUGUGUUCCAUAUUUGAAGGUGAACAGAAUUUAUGAUUUGAGAUGUAAAGCUAUGAUAAUAGACUUGGGGAGUGUAUGUUUUGUUAGUUUAGAAAAGUACAGUAUUUCCAUCAUGUUUAUAGCAUAUAAAUAAAUUGUUGUUAUACUGAUAGUCAGUUAUUAGAGGGUUACCCAUUAGGAUUUAACUGCCCUCAUCUGGUUCAAUAUUAAAUAGUACAGUAUGCAAAAUGUUCUAAAUAAUUCCUUAUUACUCUGAGACUGAUUUACCAGGAUUUGGAACAUCAGGUAGAUGAUUUAUAGACCAAAAUUAAAAUAAAUGACAGUAUUUUUGUUUCAGAAGAUGUACUAAAUUUUCUGAAGUUUUACCUCCUAAUUAUCUCCCUUUUCGUAAAAAAUAAGUAAAUUUCCAGUAAGUUGAAGUUACUCUACACAAUUUUUGAACUUGUCAAGCAUAAAGAGAGAAGGUGCAAGUAAUGGGUCAAAUGAGAAAAGGUAGCAUAGAGCUUUAAGUGUCCAGUUUACUUCAUGUCACAAUUUGUUUGUACACAAAAAUUUCAAGAAGAAACUACUCUUAGUGAAUGACUUAGGUUUAAAAAACUUGAUUUAAACAAUGCCUAUCUUGUCAUUCACUUUAUAUCAUCCUUGUAAAAUUUUAUUUCACCAAUGAAGUGAUAAGUAAGCUGACUGUAUCAGCCUGUUUCUAUUUUGUAUUUUAUUUUGAUUUGAUGUCAGAAUAUCAUACCGCCAGUGCUAAUUGUUAUAGGUGUUUAGAAGAACUUGUUAUUUUUAAGUACAUUAUGACAAAGUGCUUUCCAAUAAAUCCAUUUUAUGUUUUUUUAGUGAUUUAAACUGAAACAUUCCAAUUUCGCUUGGUUCAAUCCCAUCUCAUUCAAUGUGCUGUGAUUUGGCUGAUAGAAGGUUCAUGACAUAUCAUCCUGGAAAAGUUGCACAGAUACACCAGUGUUAACAGUGUUAUGACAAAUAAGUGUUAAUGUCAACAAUUUUCUCACAUGGUCUUUCAAGUUUUAACAAAUUGCUUUUAUCAUUAUGUAACAACCUACUGACUCUUACUUGGACCUAAUCUCAAAGAAUAUACUACAACUCUUAUCAUCCCUCAUGGUCCUUUUUAGCUUUUCAAGAAAUAUGACACACAUGUGCUUAAAAAUUAAAGCAAUCACAUAGGUUAUCAAGUGAGAUGUUACAGAGCGGGAACUUAUCAUACCUUUGUUGUCUUCUGAAAAAGGCAUCAAGUAAGAUAUCUCAUCGCUUACACAGAGCUCCAGUCAGCUCUAUAUUUCAUCCGAUUUUUAUCAGUCUUUCUUUCUGCUCGUUUCUGUCGUACACCAUCAGUUAUUCUUAGAUAUACCAUGAGAUCUGUUUUGGCAUGUAGAGACUUGGUCAAAUGAAUAGCCAUGUCAGAUAUUAUAGGAUUUUCCAUUGUUAAGUAACUAAUAAUGCCUAAUACAUAGAAAUCAUGUCAAGCCUUUUCAUAGGUUGUUAUAAUUUAAAUGUAAUUAUAGUUUAAUCUGAAUUUGCUUAAGCUAAUUACUUGAUGAUUUUAUUGUACAAACAUUCAAUGCCUAACUAACAGAUGAAAUCAGAAAAUUUAUAUUACAUCAUUGUUUUCUUCAAGAAAUUUUGAAUUGUUUCAGCUUUUGUUUUCCACUUAUACAUAUAUUAUCAUGUAGAUUUAUUUCUAUAACAUUCCACACAUGAUAAUGCAGGUUUCUUCACCAUAAUACAUUUAAACA